AUGCGAUCAUUGUAUGAUCAAGAGUUUGCAGAAUUUUUUAUUCGCAUUGGUGAUGGUGUUGAACCUACUAAACUAGAUGACAUGGUGAGGUUACCUUUACAUAUUGCAAUCCCAUGGGAAGGUGAACAUUCCAUACAAGUACUUAUCCAACAUAUUUUUCCUAAUUUAGAAUUGCAUGGUUGGGAUGCCCCAUAUAUGGUACAAAGAGCUAUUUUGACACCAACAAAUGAUGAUGUCCAGAAAUUGAAUGAUAUGAUUAUCGAUCAGUUCCCAGGAGAAGAACAUAAUUUGUUAUCGUUUGACGAGGUUGAAGGAGAUCAUCAUAAUUUAUACCAGCAAGAAUUCUUAAACUCAAUUACACAAGGUAGUUUGCCACCACAUAUUCUAAAGAUAAAAAAGAGUGCACCAUUGAUGUUGUUACGAAAUCUAGAUCCUAGAUAUGGAUUGUGUAAUGGGACCCGGGGUGUUUCACAUACUACAACAAGAGUUUUAACCAGGAAAGGAAAAUUGAAAGGAGAAGAUGGUGGCUACACAAGAAAUGUAGUCUACAAACAAAUUCUUUUAUCGCAUCCGCAGUUUUUUAAAUCUCAAGAGCGUAUUGAUAAAGGGAUAUACGAAGAAUUGAUUCGAAUCUUUAUAAGAUACAUAUUAAGUUUUGUUUGCAAAUAUAAUAUUCGCGCAUUAAAUUUUGUUUGA